CUCUGCUUUCUCUUAUCUCUCAGUCUUGAUCUUCCCAUCUUGAAAAGUAACCACAAAUCAAAUGUGCCUGACCUUUGAUUUUUAUAUUAUUUUAUUGUCACAUAGGCAGAUCAGAAGAAAAUAAGAGUACAAGGCAGAAUUGGGUUCACAGGCAUAGAAGAUUCUCCAUGGUGAGGAUAAGUAACAAGAGUGAGUUCUACAACCAUGUCACUCACCCUACAGCCUAGCCUAGACAUUGUUGAAUCAGACUUAAGUGGAAAGGCUCCUCUGAUCCCUGGUAAUGAUAAAUUCACCUCCUGCCAUGCAUCACUUCCCAAUGCUAUACAACCUUCUUAUCCUGGAUGUUUUUUAUGAGAUCUAACUCAAAUUUUUUCUGCUAUCCUUUCAGUUUCAGCCACAGAAUAAGAAUGAAUCCCAAUGGCUUCAUCUGUCCGAGCUUCCUAGGGUUCAGAGCAGGGCAGUAAGGUCUUCUCUACCUAUCCUACCUGGACCUGACCAUGCAUUUCACAAACCACAGCCAUCAGAACCCAAACUCUUUUCUGCUCAUGGGAAUUCCUGGCCUGGAGGCAUCCCACUUUUGGAUUGCAUUUCCCUUCUGCUCCAUGUAUGCCCUGGCAGUGCUUGGCAACAUGGCAGUGCUGCUGGUGGUGCGAUCAGAGCCUGCACUGCACCAGCCCAUGUACCUGUUCCUAUGCAUGCUGUCCAUCAUUGACCUGGUGCUCUGCACUUCUACUGUGCCCAAACUCCUUGCACUUUUUUGGACAAAUGCUACUGAGAUUGACUUUGGGGCCUGUGCUACUCAGAUGUUCUUUAUCCAUGGCUUUUCAGCUGUUGAAUCUGGUAUCCUGUUAGCAAUGGCCUUUGACCGCUACUUGGCCAUCUGCCGGCCACUGCACUAUGGGUCAUUGUUGCCCCCAGAGGCUGUGGGCAAGCUGGCAGCUGCUGCUGUGUUUCGUGGCUUGGGCCUCAUGACCCCACUCACAUGCUUAUUGGCAAGGCUGAGCUACUGUAGCCGAGUGGUGGCCCACUCCUACUGUGAGCACAUGGCUGUGGUAAAGCUGGCUUGUGGGGGUACACGGCCAAACAACAUCUAUGGCAUUACUGCUGCCACGCUAGUUGUGGGCACAGAUUCCAUCUGCAUCACUGUCUCCUAUACACUAAUCCUCCGGGCUGUGUUAGGCCUCUCCUCCAAAGAGGCAAGAGCUAAGACCUUUGGCACUUGUGGCUCCCACCUGGGUGUCAUCCUUCUCUUCUAUACACCAGGGCUCUUCUCAUUCUACACUCAGCGCUUUGGCCAGCAUGUGCCCCGGCACAUCCAUAUCCUCUUGGCUGACCUCUACCUUGUUGUACCACCCAUGCUCAACCCCAUCAUCUAUGGCAUGAAGACCAAGCAGAUCCGGGAUGGGGCCCUCCGACUGCUGAAGCAGGGCAUUGUUCAGUCUUAAAUCUCCAACCCCACCCUAGAACCUUGUCUUCUUCCUUUAGGUUUGGGCAAUUGUUGGAGUGGGCCAUUGGGAAUAUGUGGCCACCAGUUAAACUGUGAGCCAGACUGGGGCAAUUGGAGGUUCCUCACACCUUCGCCUGUCCCUGGAAUAUACAUUCUACCCGCUAUUCCCACCGUGAGAGCUGUUCCAUGAACACAGCCUUGAGAGAGUAAGGUAUUGUUGAGCCCAUCUGGCCAGUAUACAUGACUGAACCCAGUUAAGGCCUCUCUAUAAACUUUUAAGAUUUGACAGGUGGGUACUUGGGGUCACUAACACAAAUCUCAUAAGUAAGUUCCCUUGCUUUUUAAACCUGCCACCUACACAUCUGGAGUGGCCUGCCUCUUGCAUUGGUCUCCUCUUGUCCUCUGUGUAUGAGGGCCAGUUUAUGAGCCAAUGGUAAUGUUUAAGAGACCAGUGGUUCCCAGCAUGGUGGAGAGAGAAGCCCACACUCAAUAGUAUCCUUACUUUGAUAAGGAGAUAAGUAGCACAAGUCUGAAGGAUGAGGAACCAUUAGGUAUUUCCCAUUUGUGAUGUAGAUAUGAUUACAAAGCCUAGGGAUCCCAUGUUUAUUGGGAAACAUGGUCACCAAGCUGAUGAUCACCUCCCAGGGAAUUCAACACUGCUGUUCUGACAGGACUCCUCCCUUCUAGGAGACCUUGAUAAAAUAAAAAAGAUAAGACUCACAGUCUGACAAGAAGAAAUAACCUUCAUCCACAGUCAGGUGCUCCUACCCUGAUAUGGAUACAUGCAUGCCUCCCUCAGUGAACUCUCAGUUUGACAGGAGAAACACACAGAAUUAGAGAAACAGAAAUGGAGACCUAGCACUCAGCAAUGGGCUUUGGGAAAACUGUGCCUGCUGUACAGAAGAAUAAGCAACAAGGUAUAAUGUCAAUCUAGGAAGGUUCUCUGGAAGGUGAGAAUUUUCAUCUUUUUUACUGAGUAUACACUAUGUUAAACUCUAGGUAUGGACAUGAUACGGUCAAAAGUGCUCAUGGAGACUUUUCACUGUUGGAGGAGACCUACAUAUAGGAGACAACAGCAAAACCAAAUAAGUUAAGCCAAAUUAAAUGAAUAUUAGGAUAAGCACAGAGACAAUGGGUACUGAGUAAGGACAUCUAACUUGUUCAGGGGAAAAGAGGUCUUAGGACCCACCUCAUCUCAUUCCACUUCUGUCCAAAUAGGAAAGGCUGCUUUCUCAGAAGCUUUCAACCACACCUGAGUGUGAGGUGUGGGAACAAAGUCUCAUACUUGAUGACUCAAGUCUGAUAUCCUUAGUCUUUUCUUCUAGUCCGUGGGGUGGCCAUGUGGAGCUGCCACCAAGCCUCAAAGGUCCAGGGAAAAGACCAAACCCCUUCUUUAGAGAUGAAAUAGAGAAAACAUUCCAAUUUGACCUCCCAAGCAGGUUUUUAAAAAUGAAAGU